CAGAUUUGAUCAGAUCUGUGUGAGUGCAGGCUUUUAUUUUGAAGGGGUGAGUCGGAAGUGUGGUACUGAGUGUUGCGGGUUUGACUCCUCCGUCUGCGGGCUGUCUCUCUCUCUCCAUCCCGCAGCAGGUUGCUGUGACCCGACAGGAUCAGCUGCACGGACCCCCUCUGGACUGAACCGAGCCGAACCGAGCCGAACUGAGCCGACCCGAGCCGAACCUGCAAGAGGAGCCCAUCCCGAGCCGAGCCGAGUUCAGCCCGCAGUCAGUCUGCUCCGCGGGGAGUCUGCAGCUGUAUGGAGGCUCAGGGAUGCCCGAGGAGCGUCCCGGUGCUGGUUCUGCUGCUCUGCUGCACCGCAGCUCCGGGACACGCCGAGAGGGUGUGUCACUGCAGCGGGAAGUCUCUCUGUCACUGUGACGGGGUCAAAGGUCAAAAGGGUGAAUCUGGUUACCUUGGAUACGACGGACUUCCUGGAGUUAUCGGUUACCCAGGAAACGAGGGCCACCAGGGCUCAUCUGGAGAAAAGGGUGACCAGGGAGCAGCAGGAAGUUCAGGACUGAAAGGCUCUCGGGGUAUUCCAGGGAGACCAGGUUUCCCAGGACCUCCAGGACUGCCCGGACAAAACGGACUUGAAGGACCCAUCGGCCAACAAGGACUCCCAGGAUGCAAUGGGACAAAGGGGGACGUUGGUUACCCAGGAUUCUCUGGGGUUGCAGGACCUGUUGGCCUUCAAGGUCGACCAGGACUGCGAGGUGCAAAGGGAGACUCGCUCGUCUUCCCCGUCACUCAGGAUAUUAAAGGAGCAACAGGACCGCGAGGACGAGACGGAGAAAACGGACUGAGUGGAGAUCCAGGUGAACCAGGCCUGCUGGGACCACCGGGACCCGCUGGACUUCCUGGAAGUCCAGGGUUUUCGGGGUUACCAGGAGAGAAGGGUCAGGAGGGUCCCAGUCCAGUGAUACCGGGUCCCCGCGGACAGAGGGGUGAUCACGGCCCGCCGGGGAUCCCUGGACAGAAAGGAAUUAAACUGUACGCUGAAGGACCCAAAGAACUGAAGGGAGAACCAGGAGAAAUUGGAGUGAAAGGUUGUCGAGGACUUCCUGGUUUGCCGGGGAAACUAGGGGUUAAAGGAGACAAGGGCGGGCGAGGUGAUCCUGGCUCACUAGGUAAACCGGGGAAGGAUGGAGUCCUCGGAGAGCUGGGAGAACAGGGAGCCCCGGGGGAUCGUGGGUACCUCGGUCCUCCAGGUAUUGAAGGAGCCACGGGAGAGAAAGGUGAUCGUGGUUUUCCAGGUCUUCUAGGAGAGACGGUUUUUAAACACAGAUUCCCGAAGGGCCGGCUCGGCGUCACCGGGCCCCGCGGACCGCCAGGAGUCCAGGGAAAACAAGGACUCAUUGGUUUUCCUGGUCUGCAGGGCGAGACAGGUGUGGCUCCAACCGGUCCACCGGGUCCCCAGGGGCCGCCCGGCUCAACCGGACCCAAAGGAGAACCAGGAGAGCCGGGGCCCGUCAUUGUCGGACCCCCGGGACUGACUGGAGUCCCAGGAGGACGUGGAGCUGAAGGAGAACCAGGAGAACCAGGAAUACCAGAUUUCCUGCCGGGAGACGUCAGUCCUCCUGGACUUAAAGGUCUAAAAGGUCCGAUGGGAUUUCCUGGAGUCAGAGGGGAGGAAGGACAGACGGGUGAGAAGGGGGAGUUGUGCACGGUCUGUCCGCUCAUUCCUGGUCCGCCGGGACCUCCAGGUAAACCCGGAGAGCCAGGUGAAGACGGGGUGACAGGAUCGGUCGGAUUUCCAGGACCCAAAGGUCACGAAGGGGUCAAAGGUGUUGGAGGACCACCUGGUCCACAGGGCCCCUUUGGUAUCCCGGGCCUCCCGGGUGCUCCAGGUCCUGUUGGUGACCCUGGGAUCAUGCAGAGGGUUGGGCAGAAGGGUGAGGAAGGGGACCGGGGGGAGUCUGGACAACAAGGUUUCGAGGGAGUUGACGGAUCUCCGGGACUUACGGGAUCAAAAGGUGUUCUGGGACAGAAAGGAAACCCUGGGCCUCUGGGACCUAAAGGAGAACGGGGCCCGCUCGGGGAGACUGGUUUCAGAGGACUACCAGGACAGAUGGGACCUCCAGGACCACCUGGAAUUGGGGAUCCAGGACCUCCAGGAUCUAAAGGCAAUGUGGGAGUCCUGGGACAGCGAGGAGAUCCUGGAAAACCAGGUGAAAAAGGUUCUCCAGGUGAAAUCAGAACCUCUCCAGGAGAUCCAGGACAGAAAGGAGAGAAAGGUUUAUCAGGAAACCCCGGACCUGAAGGUGUGACGGGACCUCCAGGUGCUCCAGGAUCUGUUGGUCCAAAGGGAGAAAGAGGAGAUGAUGGAUUUUCAGUCCAGGGGCCUCCGGGCUUCCCCGGGGUCAAAGGACUCAAGGGCCCCCCAGGAGCUCCAGGUUUACCAAGUUUUGGUAUCAAGGGACGGGCGGGGCCAUCAGGACCCCCAGGGAUGCCGGGCACCAAGGGGGACAGCGGUAUCGGUUUCCCAGGUCAGCAGGGUCAGUCUGGCCCCCAGGGGGAAGACGGCUCUGUGGGGCCCCAAGGUAACCCCGGAUCCCAAGGACAAGAUGGAGCUCCAGGACCUCCAGGACAAGACGGACCUCCUGGACCCAAAGGUCGUAGUGGCCUGGAUGGUGUACCUGGUCCCUUUGGUUCUGUUGGACUGUGUUUACCUGGAGCUCCAGGACCUGAAGGAGAGCAGGGACAGAUGGGGGUCAUCGGAUUCACAGGGACUCGGGGCCCAAAGGGUGUGAACGGUGACCCAGGGCGGCCGGGCGUAGGAGCCAUGGGGCCUCAGGGACCGCAGGGGGCGUCGGGAUUUGAUGGAGCUCCGGGUCCAGCAGGGGAAGUUGGACUGAAGGGCCUGAGAGGGAUCAAUGGGGAGCCAGGGAGCACAGGUACCAGAGGGGACUUGGGUCCUCCAGGAGCCCUCGGGACUCCAGGGGAUGAUGGGAAACCAGGAGAGACGGGACAGCCAGGACCGAAAGGUCAGAUGGGUGUAGACGGGGUGAGGGGUUCUCAGGGGCCUCAGGGGCUUCAGGGGGACCGAGGAGAAACCGGACCAAAAGGGUUCCAGACAGCUGUGGAGAUGUACGGAGAUCCUGGAGACUCUGGAGAACAUGGGCCCACAGGUAUCACUGGUAGUGAAGGAGAAAAGGGCCUCCGGGGGCCACAGGGCCCUGACGGCAGCAACGGUAGACCUGGAAACGGCGGGCCGCAAGGACUUCCUGGAGACACCGGCAGAGAUGGAGAGAAAGGUCCUCCUGGUCCCUGUGGACUCAACGGUGACCAAGGAGAGAUGGGGAAGCCAGGUUUUAAAGGUGACAAAGGUUGUGCAGGGCCUUGUGGGGAACCUGGAUCAGACGGAAAACCAGGACCAGAAGGACUUAACGGUGCUAAAGGAGAACCAAGUCAACCUGGACCAGGUUCUAAAGGAUUUCCAGGAGAGAAGGGGAGUCCAGGAUGUUCAGGAUCACCAGGUGCGAAGGGGAAACCAGGGGACAGUGGGAACUCUGGUCCUCCAGGAGACUGUGGCCCCUGUGGCCCCGAAGGACUUUCUGGACACCCGGGAUGCAGAGGUCCUCCUGGGACUCCUGGUGAAAAGGGUUGUGAUGGUCCUGCGGGGAAAAAUGGCCCUCCGGGGCCCACCGGCCUCACAGGUAACAAGGGGGCUCCUGGAGAUCCUGGUCCAGCUGGUCCCAGAGGGAACCAGGGACAGGACGGCAUACCUGGACCUCCUGGAGAGAAAGGAGCCAUGGGAGCUCCUGGAAUUGGACCCCGGGGCCCAGAGGGGAAGACAGGUCCUUCUGGGUGUGCUGGGGAGGAGGGUCCUCCUGGUGUCUGUGGUCCACCUGGUCCCCAUGGUCCUGGGGGAAACCCAGGUUGCCCUGGUCCUUCUGGACCUCCUGGUCCUCUUGGUUAUCCUGGCAGGGAGGGAGUCUGCACUGAAGGAGGCAAAGGAGAAAAUGGACUCCCUGGAGGUCGAGGACCCAAAGGUCCGCCGGGUUUUCGGGGUCCUCCUGGUCCUCCAGGUCCUGGUUUUAAAGGAGAGAUGGGAUUUAAAGGAGCAAUAGGUGGCCCGGGACCGCCUGGUUACCCUGGUGACCCUGGCCCUCAAGGCAUACCGGGUGAAGACAGACCACCGGGCCCACAUGGACCCAAAGGCCUGAUGGGAGACACUGGUGUCACAGGACCUGUUGGUAUGAAGGGGGAGGACGGACCACCAGGUAGCGGCGGCUCACGAGGAGCUCCAGGACCACCUGGGAGGAGAGGCCAGAGGGGGAAGGACGUAUACGGGAAGGUGGUGCUGUUGCCAGGAGACGAAGGCCCAGCUGGAGCCCAGGGAGACCCAGGACCGAAAGGACCCCCAGGGGCCCAAGGGACACCUGGAGGUCCAGGUUUGAAGGGCAGCGGAGGGAGGGCUGGUAGAAGAGGACUACUUGGUCGUCCCGGAUUGAAAGGGGAUCAGGGAGACCAAGGAUUCGCUGGAUCAAAAGGUGCCGCAGGUCCACGAGGUUCGGUCGGUGCUAAAGGUAUCCAAGGACGAUCGGGUCCCUUCAGGGACGCGCCAGAGAACGACGGCUUCCUGUUCACCAGACACAGCCAACAACUCUUUAUCCCAGAAUGCCCUGCAGGAGCUACUCAGAUGUACAGCGGAUACUCCCUGCUGUUCAUCAACGGAAACAACCGAGCUCACGGACAAGACCUGGGUACAUUAGGUAGUUGUUUACCUCGUUUUACCACCAUGCCCUUCCUGUUCUGUAACACUGACAGCACCUGCCGCUACGCCUCGCGCAACGACUACUCCUAUUGGCUGUCCACCGAUGAACUCCUGCCGGGCAGCAUGCCGUUUAUCUCGGGGGAAUCACUGAAGAAUUACAUCAGCCGGUGUACGGUGUGUGAGGCCAGAGCCAAUGUGAUCGCCAUCCACAGUCAGACCAGUAUAAUACCAGAGUGUCCGUCAGACUGGGACCCUCUCUGGUUCGGAUACUCCUUCGUGAUGGAAACAGGAGUCGGGGCGGAGGGGUCGGGUCAGCCUCUGGCCUCUCCCGGAUCCUGUCUGGAAAACUUCAGGAAGAUUCCCUUCAUCGAGUGUCACGGCAGAGGAACCUGCAACUACUACACCGACUCCUACAGCUACUGGCUGGCUGCGCUCAACCCCAACGACAUGUUCAGUAAACCGAAGCCUCAGACGGAUACGGGAGAGUUUCCAGGCAGUCUGAUCAGCCGCUGUCGAGUCUGUAUGAAGCAACUGUGAACAUCAACACUGCUGAUACUACUACUACUGCUGUAAAUACUACUGCUGCUAACAAUACUCAUACUACUACUACUAGUGUACUCUCACCAGCAGCGCUGUGCUGCAGACAUCAGCACGCCUCUGAGUGUUAAAUAGAGCACUAAUACUGCUACUACUACUACUGUUACUGCUACUAAUACUACCACAUCCUUUAAACACAAGUAGCAACGACUUCAUGUCAAAAAUACUUUUACUGCUACGUUAUAAUCCCUGCACAACAGUAAAAGUAAGUACCAUCAGUAAUACACGA